GGGCUACCUGGUGAGAACACCUGCGCACUCGACGCCGACUUCAGAUCAAUGGAUUCUGCAAUGCAGGUCUGUUCUAGACACGAAUAAGUACAUUUGCACCCUGUGGGAUUCUGUCAGAUAUUCACGAUGGCAGGAUUGAAAAUGAAGGCUGUGAGGUGUCCAACGGACGAAUUGAGCUACACCAACUGUGCUGUUCUCAAUCCUGGUGAUUUCCCAGAUAAUGUCAAGCACAUUGAAGUGACAACUGGGCCAAAUCAGCACUUCGUAUUCACCGUGAAGAGUCACUCUGAGGUACCGCAUGGUGCCGUGGGUUUCAGUCUUCCCCAGCGAAAAUGGGCGGCUCUGUCCCUUAAUCAGGAAAUCGAUGUACGUCCCUAUCACUUCGACCCCACUUCAGCCUCCGAAUUUCUUUGCACAAUUGUCCUGGAAGCGGACUUCCUCCUGAAGACCAAAACAACCCUCGAGCCUUAUGACACCGAGCUGAUGGCAAAGGAAUUUCUCCUCCAAUUUUCUGGUCAAGCAUUCACAGUCGGCCAACAGUUGGCAUUUCAAUUUCUCGAUAAAAAAGUAUUGGGUCUCGUGGUGAAGAAUCUUGAGGCAGCAGACAUAUCAGCGAUUAAAUCAGGCCAAGAGCCAAAGCCAAAGAAGACGAGAAUGGGGAGAUGUCUAGGUGACACUGUCAUACAGUUUGAAAAGGCCGACAACUCGAGUCUUAACCUCAUUGGCAAGGCCAAGGGCAAAAUGGUUCGUCAAUCGAUAAUAAAUCCUGACUGGGACUUCGCUAAAAUGGGAAUUGGUGGUCUGGACAAAGAGUUCAGUGCGAUAUUCAGACGAGCAUUUGCGUCGAGAGUAUUUCCCCCCGAGUUGGUGAUGCAGUUGGGUUGCAAGCACGUCAAGGGUAUCCUCCUGUACGGGCCCCCUGGAACUGGAAAGACCCUGAUGGCACGUCAGAUUGGAACAAUGCUGAAUGCCCGUGAACCAAAGAUCGUCAAUGGUCCCCAGAUCCUCGACAAAUACGUGGGAGAGAGCGAGGCGAAUGUCAGGCGAUUGUUCGCUGACGCCGAGGAGGAGGAGAAGAGGCUCGGCCCCAACAGUGGCCUCCACAUCAUCAUCUUCGACGAAAUCGACGCCAUAUGCAAGUCUCGAGGAAGUGUCGCUGGCAAUACUGGUGUCCAUGAUACAGUUGUCAAUCAGCUGCUGGCUAAAAUCGACGGUGUCGAGCAGUUGAAUAAUAUUCUAGUCAUUGGGAUGACCAAUCGAAGGGACAUGAUCGACGAGGCUCUGCUGCGACCUGGCAGGCUCGAGGUGCAGAUGGAGAUCAGUCUGCCUGAUGAGCAUGGCAGGCACCAGAUCCUGAAUAUUCACACGGGUCGCAUGCGUGAUCACAAGAAAAUUGCGGGUGAUGUCGAUCUGAAGGAGCUGGCGUUACUCACGAAGAACUUCAGUGGAGCUGAACUGGAGGGACUGGUGAGAGCUGCUCAGAGUACAGCGAUGAAUAAACUGAUCAAAGCAUCGAGCAAGGUCGAAGUUGAUCCCUCAGCGAUGGAGAAGCUCAUGGUAUCGCGAACGGAUUUCCUGCUGGCACUUGAGAACGACGUCAAGCCAGCAUUUGGAACAGCUGCUGACGCACUUGACCAUCUUCUUACUAGGGGGAUCAUCAACUGGGGAAGACCUGUUGCGGAGAUACUGGCUGACGGAAAUCUUUAUAUUCAGGAGGCCAGGGCCACCGAGGGCUUUGGACUUGUCUCUGUUCUGCUGGAGGGACCGCCCAACAGUGGGAAAACAGCUCUUGCUGCGCAGAUCGCAAAGAAUUCGGACUUUCCAUUCACCAAAGUCUGUACUCCUGACGAUAUGGUUGGAUUCACUGAAAAUGCUAAGUGUCUCUCGAUACGCAAGGUCUUCGAUGAUGCCUAUCGCUCGCAGUUGAGUUGUAUUCUUGUGGAUAAUAUUGAACGUUUGUUGGACUACGGGCCCAUUGGGCCCAGGUAUUCCAAUCUGACGCUUCAGGCACUACUGGUCCUGCUCAAGAAGCAACCGCCGAAGGGGAAGAAACUCCUGGUGCUUUGCACCACCAGUCGCAGACAAGUCCUGGAGGAUAUGGAGCUCCUCUCAGCAUUCAGCACGAUUCUGCACGUCCCGAACUUGUCCACUCCCGAUCAUCUACUCUCAGUCCUGGAGGAGGUUGAGAUAUUCACGAAGGAGGAAAUAGCAUCCCUCCAUGGUCGAUUGCAAGGAAAGCGUGUCUUCAUCGGAAUUAAGAAAUUACUGGGUCUGAUUGACAUGGCACGACAGGUUGAGCCAAGCUACCGAGUUCCCAAAUUCCUAUCAAAGCUCGAGGAAGAGGGUGGUCUGGAGUGAGCGAUUUGAAGGCCAACGAAAUGUACAAUUUUGUGUAAUUAUUUAUUCCGAAGAAUGUCCUAUAGUCAAUUUACCAAACGUUCCACCAGCAAACGCAAAUAUGUCACGCAGUAGUUGAGAUGAUAAACAGAAAUGUCGAUUAACGGAUUAAUCGGAGUCAAUAGGGUGUCAAUCCGACUGGAGGAAAAAACUAAGUCGACGAUUUUAUCAGAUUUAUCUUAUUAAAUUUUACCCAGUGGAGGUACCGUAGUUCAAUGGCAUAUUGCCCGACUUAUUCAGAUGCACCUGCGCUGAGAGAUAACCAUAUUUUUGCCGAAUAUUCAUUUAGUUCAUAGAUGUAUUAUUUUUUCCAAUUUCUCAAAAUUCGAGGCUUAGAAGAAAAAUAAUUAUUAAUUUAAUAAAUUCAAGGACAUGCAACAAGCCAUCUUCAAGAGUAGUAAAAGUGCAACAAUUAAAAUCUAAUUAGGCCCUUCUGGAAAGCCCUCAGUGGAAAAAUAUCAUUUUCAAAAAGUAAAUAAGUCUCUCGAGUAAAUGAAUAUUUUGCAAAGAACAAUUGUUUCCUCAUUGUGGGAAUAUUCGAAGGAGUAUAACACUAAUGAUGAAACUAGAAUUCAUUCCGUGACGUCAGUUAGGGCGUCAAAUAUUUUACUACCACAUAAUGUUAUAUUUGACCAAUAGUUAAUCUCAUUAUUCGCGCACUGAGACUCGAUUAUAAAUUAAAUUGUUGAUGUUGAUUAACUCGAACUGGUUUUGGAGGGGAUAAGGGCGAGAGUUAAUGAGUGCAAUAAACUAAAUGUUGGUUGGAGGGAGUAAAAAAAAACACAGUUGUCCUGGGGAUUUUUUGACCACAGUGGAGAUACAUUUGCCAUAUUUUUUUUUCUCCUGCCGUCCAGACGGUCAGGGAUUAAUCAGGGAUUGGAACAGAGUAUUUAAUAUUUAUUUUGCUGGAACAUUAUGGAGCCCUGAUAACAUUAAAAUCUAGUACACAGUGUAGGUGAACUCGAUAGUCUCAUACUCGUGGGCUUGAACGUGAUAGAUGCAUUUAGAGUAGUAAUUUUAUUGAGUUUACGUUCAGUCUUGAUCUUCAAUCGUCAUUCCAGCCACUAGGCCUAUACAAGAUUUUGUUAAUUAAAAUCGUGAUGAGAGGAUUUAAUUGUAUCGUUGAUUCGGUAAUUGUGAAUUUCUAUUUAUUGGGAGACUCGGAUCGAUUCGGCGUUAUAUUUAUUCAGCUAAAUGCUGCUGUUGUGAAAAAUUAAUUAAUCACAACGACUCACUUGUUCUUGUUCUUGUUCUCGUUGGGUGGAUUAUUUUGUGACGUGGGAAAAUGGUUCCAUGUGCUUGGCUACAGGCACAUCGUGGAUUGAUGCUGUUAUUUACGUGACUGCAGUGUACUUGUUCAAAACAUGUAUUUAGUGAUAUUGUCUCUGUGUAUAAAUAAAUAUAUUUCUGUCUGUUUGAA